UCACCGUGCCAUGGAAAAGCUGGCAGCCAAAGUUCGGCCUCUGCGGGCCUCAAGAGAGCCCUGCGCUCCAGCGGGGCUGGGACAAGAGGAUGCCCAGGCAGCAGCAGGAGCCUUAAGUGAGUCCCGACGGGAACAGGAGCAACCCCCUUCCUCUGGUGGGGAAGCCUCGGGGGGGUCACCUCCCAAAUCGCCACCGCCAGGUCCCAAACACACAGCACACAGCUGCAGCUUUUUGGCGUUUUCCCUCCGGACAGCGGAAGAUAAGGAUUAGCUGAGCUUACAAAAGCAGCUCGAGGCGCGCGUAGCAGCAGGGAAGUAUUUCCAUCCCAUACAACACGGGGGGCAGGGAGAGGCAGCUGGGGAGGCUCGCACCGGGACACGCUGCUCCCCCUGCCCUUGCACCUCCUGGUCCCGUGGGAGAUGGCCCCGCGGGGCCGGGCGGGCUCCGCAUCCCUGCCCACGGCCGCGGCACCGGGGAGAGCUUUGGCGUCCUGCCCGGGCAGCGCUGCUGUGCCUCUGAAGCUUGCCUGGGAAGAUAACAGAGGCGAAAGGGUGCUUGGCGCGUCUCCGCAGGCUCGGGUCAAUCGUUAAUCGGGGAGGGAUUGCUCUCCACUCUUGCAGGUAACCUCUCCUCCCCCCUGCUCCCACCCACACGCGGGGCCCGCACAAAACUGGCGCCCAGGGGAGCGGGGCGAAGGCACGGCACGGGGAGAGCAGCCGCCAGCAGGGCCAUGGGAAGGUAAGCGUGCGGCAGGCAGAGGCGACGCCCGGCCCCACCAUGGUGUCCAUGGGGCUCCAGCUGGUGGGCUACGCCAUCGCCUUCCUGGGCUACGUGGGCACGCUGACGACCACGCUGCUGCCCAGCUGGAAGAUCAGCUCCUACAUCGGCUCCAGCAUCGUGACGGCCGUGAGCUUCACCAAGGGGCUGUGGAUGGAGUGCGCCACGUACAGCACGGGCAUCACGCAGUGCGACAUCUACAGCUCCAUGCUCAACCUGCCCUCCGACGUGCAGGCGGCCCAGGCCCUGAUGCACCAAGUACGAGAUGGGGGAGGCUCUUUACUUGGGCAUCAUCUCCUCCUUGCUCUCCCUCGUCGGCGGCUUCAUCCUCUGCGCCUCCUGCCCUUCGCGGGACUCGCCGGUCACCUACUCGAACGCCUACCCGUCCCGGCUGCUGGCGAGCAAGAGCCCCCGGCCCUCCGUCAGCCCGACGCAGAAGACCAAGAGCGAGUUCAACUCCUACAACCUGACAGGAUACGUGUAGCGGCGGCGGGGCCCCUGCCUGGCUCCUCUCCCAGCUCCCCCGAACGCCUGGGCUGGCAGCGAGGGAAGGCGGCGAGAGGAGAGGACGCGGCGGCGCCUCCCCUGCUCAGCCCUCUCCUUCAUGCGUGCGUGCUUGGGGGUUUGACUCUCUGACUCUGGUCACCUUGACUGCUCGGAAACCCCAGCUGGCAGCGAAGGACCCCGAAUCUGGCUUCUGUUCCCACCUCGGUGCCGCCAGCCCACAGGAGCUGGCCCCGUGGGCCGGCUGGAAGCGCACCCACGGCUGCAGCCCCCAGCCCCAGCAGGGGCAGCCACCCCGCGCCCCCGGGGCUCAGCCGCUGGCCACGGAGGGGUUGUGGGGGGAUCAGGGCACCCCCAGGGGCCCUGAGUCACUGCGGGAGGCGGGUGGGGGUGCAGUGCUGAUUGCAAACUGAUGUCGCAAUAAAUCUGUGUUUGU